AAUUACGCACCUGUGUUGUAGUUAGUGUGUGGUGUGGGGGUGUAGGUGAAUGCCAGCCGGUACUUACUAAAAUAGCGAUAGAGAAUAUCCUGUGAUCGAGUGCAAUAUGAGUGCUGGAGGAGGAACGCCUUACAUUGGCAGUAAAAUUAGUUUGAUAUCCAAGGCGCAAAUUCGUUAUGAGGGCAUCCUGUCUUCAGUGGACACAGAAAAGUCCACGGUUGCUUUGGCCAAAGUUAAGUCAUAUGGGACAGAGGACAGACACACAGACAGACCAGUGCCACCCAAAGAUGAAAUUUAUGAAUACAUAAUAUUCAGAGGAAGUGACAUCAAGGACAUCACUGUGUCAGAGCCCCCCAAACCACACCAUGGAUUGCCUCAUGACCCUGCUAUUGUACAGUCUAUCGGCAGCUCAUCUGCAGCAUACCACCCACGCUGGGCUCCAUACAGGGACAUAAUGCCCUCCUACAGCCAGCUGGCUGCUACCUCACUACUCAACCAGCAGUACGCUGCAGCACUGGGCCUCGGACUUCAGGGCAUCCCAGCCAGAAGAGGUCCCAUGGUAGAGCAGGCUGUCCAGACAGUGCCAAUGGCCAGUGCCAGCCAGAAGAGGGGACAGACUUCAUCCCAGCAACAGGACAAACCGUCUGCUCGUUCAACCCCACGCUCUGGCCGGGAUAGUUCCCAGACUCAGAAGAAUAUAUCCAAAAAUCAGGCAGCAUCUCGGCAGGAUAAAGCCAAGGUACAAGAUCAAGGCAAUGAGGAGACCCAGGGACCAAGACGGAAACAAGGCAGUCGCAGGUCCAGGAACCGUAACAGAGGCCAGCUUCUUGUGGCAAAUUCAAAGCCUACAACCUUGCAGUUUGAAUCUGACUUUGAUUUUGAAACAGCGAAUGCUCAGUUCAACAAAGAGAACCUCACGAAGGAGUCUGAAGCAGAUGCAGAAGAGAAGGUGAAUUCUGAAGUGGACACGCAGAACAGCUCCGGUUCGGUGGAGGAUGAAACUCUCCGGGAGAAGUACUAUGACAAAGCAAAAUGCUUCUUUGACAACAUCUCGUCAGACCUUAAGCCCAGAAGAACCACCUGGGCGGAGGAGAAAAAGUUGAACAUGGAAACAUUUGGAGUGCCAGGCCGCUUCCUGAGGGGCAGGGGCUUCAGGCGCUACCGUGCACGGAGAGGACAGAGCAACGCUGACCAGCGAGCCCUCCCUAAAAUGAGUAGUGCAAGGGUGUAAAGACUUUUUUUUUUGUUAAACUCUUCUGUAAAUACACAAUGAGUAGUAAGAUAGUUUUCCAGUUUAGUUGAAGAAUACCCUCCCUAAUUUCCACCGCCUGAAGCACUGAAAGUAGAGAUGAUUUUGUUUAAUCCCAAAUUUAUUGUUGGGAAUAUUGCAAACUGGAAGUAUGCAAUUUAUUUUGAAUGAACAGGCCAGAAGGCAUGUUUCUGUUUUGUUUUUUUAUUGUUUUUUUAGCAUCUUUGUAAAGUAAUUCAAUGGCAAGUCCUCUUGACUGUCCAAAUGUGACUCCUUCAGAAUGCUCUUGAAGGUCUAGUUCUCACAAGUUCAAGGGGCAUGAGUUACAAUUGUAUGUAUUUUAUUUUCCCUCUUGGUAUGAGUGCAGUGGGAAAACGUGUUCUGUAACAGUUGCCAAUAAACUACAGAAGAAAUGACUCAAA